GCGGGGGGCGGUGGGUGCCCCACGCGCAGGCCCCGCCCCGCCUGCGGGCGCGAGCGGCGGGGCGGCGAGAUGGCGGCGUCCCUCGGGCGCGCGGCGGCCGGGCUUCUUAUCAGAUGGCAGACUUCAGCUCCCACAGUACGAACUCUAUCAUCAUCUAAUUCCUUUUCUCAAAACAUUCCAAGCGGUUUGUGGAAACUGGGCCGACUUAAUCAUGUAGCAAUUGCAGUACCUGAUUUGGAGAAAGCUCAGUCCUUGUAUAAAGAUGUGUUAGGAGCACAGGUCAGCGAGACUGUUGCUCUUCCCGAACACGGUGUCUACACUGUUUUUGUGGAGCUGGGAAAUACCAAGCUGGAACUUCUACAUCCUUUAGGAGACAGAAGCCCCAUUGCAAGCUUUCUGCAAAAAAACAAGACUGGAGGAAUGCAUCAUAUUUGCAUUGAGGUUGAUGACAUAAAAGCAGCUAUGACAGAACUGAAGAAAAAAAAGAUACGAAUAUUGAGUGAAGAGCCAAAAAUAGGUGCACAUGGCAAACCUGUGAUUUUUCUUCACCCUAAAGAUUGCCAUGGAGUCCUUGUGGAACUUGAGCAAGCUUGAGCUGUAAUAUUCAUAAAUAAAACAAUAGAUUAGUUGUGAAGUUA